CGCCCAGGGUAUGCGUCUCAGGAUCUCAGGGUGCCGAACAGAAGGAUAGAAGGACGGAGGGGAGAAGCGAGGGAGAGACGCGCGGCGCGUGCACCAUCGACGAAUGCCGCGACGGCGGGCGCAUCGCAGAGGGGGUGAAUCUGCCGCAUAACGCGUGGAUAUAGAGUGUGCCGAGAGGGAAAGCUCGUCCGAGGGUGACACGGUCGGGUAUCGCGCCGUCAGUUGCUAUGCGUCCGGGUAAAGUGGCGAACGCAGCGCGCGCGAGUCCGAGAACGAAUCACCGUCCCUAAAAAAAGUCUCGCGCUCUCAUCCGCGAGCCAGACACGUGCCAUACGCGCUCACUCACUGCCCAAAUCCUUUUUCCUGGCGACGACGACUCGAGCAUUCUCUCCCAAACGACGUGCUCGCCUAAUUUCCAUGCAACGGACGCGAAUCCGUCGCGAUUAGAGCACAUGCCCCGGCGAUCACGAUGACCAUGAUCGCGAAUCCAGCCGCGCCGAUCAUCGGCCUCGUCCUCGUCCUGGCGGCCACUUUUCAUCGCGGUGAAGCGAUAAUAUGUUAUCAAUGCAACAGCGAGUACGAUCCAAGAUGCGGCAAUCCAUUCGAUUCGUACAGUCUGGGAACUGUGAAUUGCAGCUUUCAGCCUCGUUUGGAACACCUCAGCCAUUUAGAACCUACUAUUUGCCGAAAACUCAGUCAAAGAAUAUAUGGCAAGGUGAGGGUUGUCCGAAGCUGCGGCUACCUCACGGAUGAAAAGGACAAUGGCGAGUGCCUUAUGAGGUCCGGCACCCACGACGUGCGCGUGCAAUAUUGCUCGUGCACGACUGAUCUGUGCAACUCCGUCGAGAGUCUCCGCACGCCGUCCUUACUGCCAUUGGCGUCCCUCCUGAUUGCCGUUCUGGCGAUACCGAGUCUGCUGCUGUCGUGCCCGCCUCUUUCUCAUCAGCCUAAUUCUGCCUAAAAAUUGAUCGAAUCGCACGUGAAGAGAAUCUGAAUCAAUCCAGCUGUCGUCGCGUCGCAAGGACCGUUCGUAUAUCGAGAUAUGCGAUUGGAUAAAAAAUGCCAGUUUCGAUUAUUAUUGUCAAUUUCGCUACGGUUUCUCCGAUUGGAGAGGUUGAUAAGCGUGAAGAAAUCAAUACGAGAGAAAAUGCCGUUUUGAUUUUUAGCCUAAUCUUCUUCCGGCCUAGUCAAACCAGAUAAACAAUGAUUGGGGCACUUAAUCACGUCGCUUCCAUGGAUACUUUAUAUUUGAAUUAUCAAAUUUUUUCUCUUUCCUGUCUCAAAAUAUCCGGAUAUUUGAACUAUACAACGAAUCCGACUUCACUUCCUAUAUUUUUCAAGAAUCGAAAUUCUAUCGGCUUUAAUCAGUGAGUUUUUAAAUUAUUUAUGUGGCUAUAUAUACACUUACAAAAGCCUUAAAGAAAAACGUGGAAUCUUUUUAUAAUUCUGUUUUCUACAUUUUUUUCUAUAGUUCUCCUUUUCUUCUUUGAACUUUCCUCAAUGAUAAAUGAAUAUCGAAUAAAAUUUCCGACUUUGAUUCGACUCGAAUGGAUUUGAAAUGAAUAUUUAAUACUCAAAAGUAUCGAAUAUUCUGUGUAUGUUGCAUAACUCUAAUAUCAAUCGACCUGCGCAUGAGAUAGACGACAUACAAUUGAAAUUAAUGAUAGUAUGUUAUUAGGACAAAUCGAGAGAACAAAUAUCUUCAUUAAUUUUUUUCUCUGCGAUAAAAUUCAAGUGAGACUAUUUCUGAGAAUUAAAAAAAUAUAGUAUAUUGAAAAAUUUAUUUUUUCAAAAAAAAAAAUAUACAAAGAUUU